AUGGUCAACUUGAUCGUAUUUGCUAUCCUCCUCGUAGGACUUGCUGAUCUCCCUGUGCACUGCACCAUUGAAGAUGUUCAAGGCUGGUGGCAGCUGUAUCUACUGGAAGGCCCUGUACCAAGCUGGAAUAGUAAGGGAGAGCAGGACAGCUUCUGUGGGUAUACUCCCAUCAAUAGCAACGAGGCCAACAUAGCCCGUGGCAAUCAGAUACAACAGCUUAUGGACGCAGCAGCGCUGAGUGGCCCCGAUGGACUAACGUCACACAGUAUAGAGAGGAUACUGAAUAUGACUCUGUCAUCGAGCCCUGUCGUCGACCUGAAUCUCUCAAUGGACCAAGAUGUCAGUGGUGAUGGUGUGCUUCGGGACCAUCAUCUGAAGGUAUUGGAUAUUAGCGGUGCAUACAGAGGCAGCUGGUCUGUCGGCUACGAUGAAGGUCUCGUGCUGAAGAACCUAGUCCUGAACAACAGCGCGGUGCCGCGGCACUUGGUGGCCUUCUUCCGCUAUCGCUGCCUCUCUGGGAGUAGCCAUUGUGGGGACUAUGCAGACUUUGAAGAUGAGUUCGGCGCCACUCAGGGCUAUGAGUCGCUAUGUGGUCAGACUCUGAUAGGAUGGUGGAGCUCGCGUAGCGGAGCGAAGCAAGGAUGCUUUUGGAUGAGAAAGAAGAGUGAUGAGGAGGCGAAUGAGGUCCAUAGUGUGGCAGUCCUACCAGGAUCUAUGACACCGUCUGCAUUCGUAACCCUGAGGGGGAGGAGGCGGAAGGCUAGCAUUACCCGGGCUCGUGCGAUUGCUCUGAUGACGAGGAGUGGUAGUAGCGGUCCAUUAGAUGAUAUCGAUGUAGAUGAGGACACUGAGGGGGAGUAUGCUAGGUUCAAGGGCAGGUACCAUGUCUUAGCUGAUGGGGCGUAUACAGAAGACAGCUACGCCGAGGAGGCACCCAUCAAAUACCCUCCACAGCCUAUAGACGAGGCCUGUGUGAAUACUAAUAGCAUUGAGGAUGCCGACCUCGUGGCGUCCCUGCCAACAGCGUAUGAUUUCCGUGAUGAAGUUCCACAUUUUGGAAACCUAGAGUCUCAGCAGAUGCUAUGUGGCAGCUGCUAUGCAAUAGGUGCGGUGUCGGCCCUUCAAGCUGGCUUUGCGCGGCAGUUCCAACUUCUUGGAAUGGACCUGCCCGCCGACUGGGAACUGUCCGUCCAGGGAGCCUUGUCGUGUGGCUAUUCUUCUCAAGGAUGCAACGGUGGAUUCCCUGGUAUCAUGGCAUUCGACCUGACCGUCCAGGGUGUACCUCGAGCUUCCUGCAUGCCGUAA